GAGGAGGGGCCAUUAAUUAAUCGUUCUGUUCGUUACUGGUUGCAUUUCUGUUGAGUUGUUGGAUUGUUAUAACGAAAACAGAAAAUAGAAGAAAUAACCAGUACUACAUUUACUAUCUGAAGGAACAGGAGCAUGUCAUUCGAUUCCUAGGUCAGAAAACGGUUAAGAAUUUUGACUGCUAACCGUCAAUAUGGCGGAAUCUACACGAACAUCAAAUUUUCGGGGAAGGUGUGUUUCUAACUCUGAAACUAACUGGUCCAGAGAUGAAGUAAAAAACUCCAGUAAUCGGGAACAAAGCCAAGCGAGCAAUAGUCGUUCUCGCAAUCAUAGAACAUGCCGUUUUUUCCUACGUGGUAACUGUACACGCUCCGAAUGUCAAUUCAGCCAUGAUGUACCAGCAACAACAAACAGCAGGCAUAGCCCAAUACGUAAUUCCAAUGCUGUUCGAAGAACAAGUACCAAAAGUACCAGUAGUUCUGGUCACAAUCAACCUUCUACUUCAAGCCAGUCUUCGUUUUCCUUGAACGAAGCUUCAAAUUCGAAUAGUAUUGAUGAUGAAAACCAAGCUUCCUCCUUGAGCUCCCUUUCUGAUGAUGCAUCGAAGAAUAGCCCAAGAUGUGAGGAGGCCACUAAUGGGGCCCAGGAGACGAGCUUUUCUAUAUAUAAAAAAGAUUGGGUGAAUGCACCCGAAUUUGUGCCAUCACAACCAAAACAACCAAAAAGUUAUGCUCAGGCAGUAAAUCCAAUGGAUGAUACUCCUGAAUUUAUUAAUCUCAGCCAGCAGAGCUUGUGCCCGUACGUUUCUAAAGAAGGUUUUUGCAGAUAUCCACCUGGGGAAUGCAGCAAUUUACAUGGAGAAAUGUGCGAUAUGUGCGGCAAAGCUGUCAUGCAUCCGUACAAUGAGGAACAACGGAAGAAACACCACCAGGAGUGUGUGGAGCAGCAUGAGAAAGAUAUGGAACUGUCGUUCGCAUUAGCUCGCUCCAAAGAGAAAUCUUGCGGUGUUUGUUUCGAGGUUAUAAUGGAAAAGGCCAUUGGAGAACAACGAUUUGGAAUCUUGCCGAAUUGCAACCACUGUUUCUGCCUUUCUUGUAUUAGGAAGUGGAGGCAGGCAAGACAGUUCGAGAACAAAAUUAUCAGAGCCUGUCCCGAAUGCAGAAUCACAUCAGAUUUUGUUUGCCCCAGCAUGUACUGGGUGGAUACAAAAGAAGAUAAAGAUAAACUUAUCGACGAUUAUAAGAAAGCUUUGGCAAAGAAAGACUGUAAAUACUUCAAGAAAGGCUCAGGCAAAUGUCCCUUUGGGAACAAGUGUUUCUAUUUGCAUGCCUUUCCUGAUGGCACCAAAUGUGAUGUUGGACCCCCACCUCGUCAAAGAAGACGUCGAAAUUACGAUCAUACUGAUCUAGAUGUUUUACAACAUGUCAUCCUUUGGGACUUUCUGGAUGAUAGAGCCAACCCUUGGCAAAGCCUGGCGGAUGACCUAGAAGAUCUAGUAUCUUUCUUCUCUGAUUCAGAUGAUUCGGAUUGGUCAGAGUAUGAUUUUUUUUAUGAUUAUUCAUAAUGGCUCUUCUGAGUUUUGGGUUGAUAGUUAUUUCCUCCACAUAAAAUAUGGGUUUAGACUUAGAAAUCUUGUAUAAAAUAUAUGUUGUUCAUUGAUUAUACUAAUUCACUUUUUUUUAAUGUUUAUCAAACCAGUAUUUAUUUCCCUAAUAGCUCUUGGUAUCUAAUUAUCACAAAAUAUGCUUGAUUUUUUUUAGUGUCUUUCUUCCCUUAGCUCUGUUAUACUGAUGAAUUUGAUCAUUUUAAGGUGCUAAGGUCAUUUUAAGAUUUUGAAAUGUUUGUUGUAGUUUAUUAUUAUUUAACGCGCUUUUUAGACUUCGAAUUGUCAUACAAAUUGCAAAACAAAAAUUUUGAUGAUUGAAUGCUAAGGGCCAGUGAAUUUUCCAUUGAUUUUGUUCCAAAUAAAAAAAAGUCAAUCCAUGAAGUCUUCUUGUCUAUGCUUGUUUUAUAUUAAUUUUUUCAUGUUGCAACAUUUUUCUCUUUACUUCAAUAUAUUGUACAAAUUUCAAGAAAUAUACUGCGAUAACAUAUUGAAGAUUUUUUUUUGUUGUUAUUUAUUACUGUAUGCUGUUUAUAUAUAUAUAUUUUUUUUCAUGCACAGAUUUGGAAGAUUGAUUGAGAUUGAUUCUUGGUAUUCUGUGAUAAAUUCAAGCAACAAUAAUUUAUUUAUAAUUUUCAGUGCAUCACAGGUUUCUUACUCUUUUCCAGUUAUUUUGAAAGAAAAAUCGUAUUGUUCUCAAUUGUUCAUUUUUCCUCGAUAUGCCCAGUUGUUAUUUUAGUUUGAAAUUUUCAAGUUCAGUUACAUUACCAUACAAAUUUGCUGUGAUUUUGAGUGAUAGAAAUUAAUUGUAAAGAACUGCAAUUUGAAUGAAAUUUAUAUAUGUACGGUAUCAGCAUGCUCUGCUACUCUGGUAUAUGGUCAGUAUAUGUUACAUAUAUUUAUAUGUGUAAUUCAAAACUGUUGUAAAUGUCAGAAAAUUUCGUUUGAGGUUCCUGAGGCAACAACAUUCAUUCGAAAUUAAUUGGUAAUAUUCAUCAUACCUUUUUGUUGAUUUAUCGGCAGUACGCAUUUCUAAAUUAUCGUUGAUUUUUCGGUGAAAAUUCUUUAUGUAGAAGUAUGUGUACAGUUAAUUAGUCGCCAUUUGAAUUGUUAGGCAAUUUUCCCAAAAUGAGUCGACUGGUCAGUAAAAGCAACUUAUUUCUAUACUGAAACAUCGACCGUCGUUAUCAAUAACUCUUUUAAAUUCAAAUUUUGCUUCUGAUGAUUUCCUCGCAAAUUGAAGAGUUCUUGUUGAGCUAAUUAAAAGUUUUCCCUCUAUUUUAGAAUUUGUUAUUAUUGUGAAUUGGAUUGCUGAAGGAAAUGUAAUUUUUUAUUUCAACCUGAACGCUGAAAGUGAUUGAAGAAACGCCAAAUCGAAUUUUCUCUUCUUUUGGUGAAGAAUCUCUUAAUUUCUUGAAUUUUUUAUAUUAUGUUGAAUUGAUAUAUAAUUGAAGUUUACUUUGAAUAUUUCAAGAAUUGUAUGGAAAUUUUUCUUUACAGGAAUAUUUGAGGUUGUUAUUUCCAAAAUUUGGAUAUGUGACCUUAUCACUAUUCUCGAUUCGAAUUAGCCUGUUGCAAAUGCUAAAAUUGUAAAGAUUUCUUAGUUAUAACUGAACUCAUUCUAAUAUUCUGUAAUGUUUACAUUUAAUUGAAUUCAUAUUACGCCUCAGAUUUCGAAACUUAUUGUUUGGGAUUCUUGUUGGAGGAGGUAUGUUGGUUUACACUGUCAAAUCUUAAAAUUUUAGUAUUGAACAUUGAACCUCAAUCCGAUAAUAGUUAUAUACAAAUAAUCCAAAAAGGCUGUAGGAAGAAAUGUUCAUAUAUUCUUGUUUGAGUAUGUUUACUAUAAGUCAUUUAAAUUAGUUUAGCAUACGCUUUUUGUACUAUAUGUAUUAUAAAAAUGUGCCUGAUAGGUUUGGGACUGGGGCUUUUGUAACAAUAAAAAUAAACUAACGCGAAACUGUACCAUCAUAUUUUGUAAUGUAUUUAUUGUCGUCCCAACAAUCCUGUAACCUUAGGCAACCCAUGCCCUUUGUUAUGUUGAUAAAGUUCUUCCUUUUUUAAUCUGUACUUACACAGUAAACUUUGAAUGUUU